GAAUAAGAGCGUUACCACCGAAGGCGAACCCAAAUUGGAAGUUUCCUUCCGCCAUGGCUCUUCUCACCUAUUCCUCCACCAUUCCCUUCUCCUCCUCGUCUUCGCCUAGUUCCCUCUCAUCUCGACGCUUUCCCGCGACGCCCUUCCGAACUCAUGUCUCGGGACCUCUCAAUCCCUGGCGGUUCCGGUCCCGCCUUCCCCGCCCUCACGCCCCUACGCGGGCGAAGGCGACGCUUACCGUCGACUCCCCGGCUACGGGUGAUGCCUCCUCCAGGAACGGUCCCCCGAGGGUCCUACUGGAGGUGAAGGAUUUGAAGGCCGUCAUCAAGGAGUCCGGGCAGGAGAUCUUGCGGGGUGUCAAUCUAACCAUCCACGGGGGCGAGGUUCACGCGAUUAUGGGGAAGAAUGGAUCCGGAAAGAGCACGUUUUCAAAGGUUCUCGUUGGCCAUCAAGAUUAUGAUGUAACUGGAGGUAGUGUGCUUUUCAAAGACCAGAACUUGCUUGAAAUGGAACCAGAAGAAAGAUCCCAUGUUGGGCUUUUCAUGAGUUUUCAGACCCCUGUGGAGAUACCAGGUGUAAGCAACUUUGACUUUCUCCUCAUGGCAUUCAAUGCUCGAAGAAAAAACCAUGGGCUACCACCGGUAGAACCUCUCGAGUUCUACAGUUUGGUGACUCCUAAGGUCGCUUCUUUGAAUAUGAAUCCAAAAUUUCUUGACAGAAAUGUAAAUGAAGGCUUCAGUGGUGGUGAAAAGAAACGGAAUGAAAUCCUGCAACUUGCAGUUCUUGAGGCAGAUUUGGCUAUUCUAGAUGAAAUUGAUUCAGGGUUAGAUGUCGAUGCACUUCAAGAUGUAGCAAAAGCAGUUAAUGGGCUGUUAACACCGAAUAAUUCUGUCUUGAUUAUCACACAUUAUCAACGCCUUCUGGAGUGUAUCAAACCGAGCUAUGUUCAUAUAAUGGAGGAUGGCAUGAUUGUAAGGACAGGUGAUGUUUCACUAGCAGAACAGCUAGAGAGGGAGGGAUACAGAGGCAUCUCUAUGUCAUAAUCGUAGAGCUGGUAUAUGAUUCCAGAGGACACAUAUCUGUUGAAGUGGUAGAUUGCACAUCCACAAGCCUUGAUGCAUCAUUUGAAAUCACUACUUGCUCUACUCCUGCCCCAGAUUAUCAUUGCCAUCCAAUCCACUCAAAAGUAAGUUGGUUGUAGUUGGGUGGAUGUUAUUUGGCAUAUAACUGUAAAUCUUCUCCUAAAUUUUCUUUAAGUUCGAGGAUCCAAAUGGAGUUUGGACGUGUUGGAAUUAUUUUUGCGGAAAAAAAUAAUUCUCUGUAGACAACGAAUAGUUCUCUAUUAAUGUUAUGUGAAUGAUGAAUUAUUUCAGUCUUGUAAUAAUUAUUAUUUCAAAGGUAACAUA